GACAUCCAGCUUGUUGUUCUAUUCUGCCUUUCAGCUAACUACAUGUUGUGAAGCAGAGACUCUUACUAAAAGAAAAACAUCUGAAAGCUGAAUAUUUAGCUCCUGGGAUUCAGGGACAGAUGGCUGUCAGCUAAGAAACAGACAAGCAGAACUCACAUUUUUAGUUCGUUAUUGGGACACGAAGGACGGGCGGAAAAAAAACAUCUGAAAGAAUAGUCGGACAAGGUCGCAACAUGUCAGACUCUGACUUUGAGAGACUGGAGUUUUUCAGAAGCAUCCUCAACAGCUGCAGUGCGGGCUCAUCGUGUAACAACUCCCACCUCAUUUUCCACAACACCAGCCUUGAAAACGGGCUGGACAUCCUGGAUGAUGAAUCCCUCUGGUUGAGAAUCAUCAUCUCUGUGGUUUACUUUGUCGUUGCCACAGCAGGAGUGUUGGGCAACUUGUUAGUGAUGUUCCUCAUGUAUUCUACUCACACCAUCACCACGGGAACCAUCAAUUUCUUUGUGUUCAACCUCGCUUUAGCUCACUUGUUCUUCUCCCUCGCUUUGCCGUUUUGGGCCGUGGACAUUGCAUUAGACUACAGUUGGCCUUUUGGCUUGGCCACAUGCAAAGCUGUGUCCCUUCUUACUGGGCUGAACGCCUUUGCUAGCUGCUUUUUCCUCACAGCGAUGAGUGUGACCCGUUACUGCUCCGUGGCUACGGCUCUCAAACCCAGGGCCUCCUUGUGCAGCAGAUACUGCACCUCACCAGUGGCUACAGCUUUUAUCUGGGCUGGAGCUCUCGUAGCAGCUACACCCAGGGCUGUAUUUGCAGACCUGAAAAAUGUAGGGAGUGGAAACGACACAGCAUGCCUGCUUCGCUUUCCAGAUGGCACGGCCUGGCUCGGGAUAAACCAGCUCCUGAGAGUGGUGCUGGGGUUUCUGCUGCCCUACACCGCCAUCAUCGUCUCCUAUCUUCUUCUCAUGCGCUUUCUCUGCAGGCACAAACUCAAAGGCAGCCACUCCAGGAGAAAGGCUGACAUUUCAAAGUCGGUAGCGGUGGUGGUGCUCUCAUUUUGCGCCUGCUGGUUCCCUUACAACAUCCUGACACUUUGGAACGUCCUCAUCCAGCUCGACAUUGCUGAUAUCAGCCCAUCGUUCUAUUUGGCUCAGACCUACUUUUUCCCUCUUGCAAACUGCCUGGCGUUCACCAGCAGCUGUUUCAACCCUGUUAUCUACUGCCUGGUGAGAAAAGAGUACCGCGUGGCCCUGCGCAACGUGCUCUUCAAGCUAAGCAUGGCUUUUAUGUCCAAGGUGCCCUAUGGUAUUAAUGCAGAGGAGGGGUCAGGGCAAGCAGGGCAGCUGGCUAUUCGUCUUGACAAUGUUUACAGCCAGACGACCCAAACUGACACAAGGAGAUACACACCUCUUUCUGCACUGCCGACUGUAGUGUCCACCCUGUAAAGCCAAAAAAAAAGGUGGUGAACACAUGUUUUGCUUUCAUGGAAAAAAGGUUGAUUCACUUUACUUUGGAAAGUUUGUGUUCAGUGCUUAAGGAGGACCUGUCUUUUCCUCUAAUGAUAUACAGCAUGUAUACUCACAAUCUGGUGUAAAUACGCUGAUCCAUUAAAAACACAUAAGCUUUUGUGUCUUUUGUUCAGAGUUCUUCCUGUAAGCAUGAAAUACAAGUAAACAUUUAGGAUCAUUCUUUUACAUGUUCACUAAAAUUCAAAAAAUGUAAGAUGUCCCCUUUCUAUCUUCCUAAUAUUGUAGAAAUACUAACAAAGACAACUGUUCUGAAACAAAUGUACACAUUUGUCCUCCUGUAGUUUGGGAGUAUAACAUUACAGCACCCAUAGGUCUGGAUGUGAUUGUCUUGUCCAGGUGUGAGCACUUUUUGUCCAUCUGUUAUAAAGAAAUGGAUUUAAAGAAAAAAGUGACUGAAUUGUCUUUCCUGAUUAGUGAUGCUUUGAAUAAAGGCAUUAUUUACAAC